UCAAUCUGACACCUAUGGGUGCAUCAACUGUUAUAUCUCCCAAGAUCAAUCCGAACAGUUAUGCAAUAGCUUUUACCUUAUCGAUUAUUUGGGAUGUGUAGUCAUGCGGUUCAACUUUGCCAGUGUUAACGCAAACGAGAAGACUACACAUCCCAACAGACAGGGCGGCUCGUUGCUUCACUAGUUACACAUUGAAUGUAGUUCGCUCUACUUGAAAAUCCGUUCAUGAUUCAGUUCAUUAAUAAAUAAGUGGUACAGUGUCAUGGCGGAAUCUGCAGCAUGUCCUGCUUUCCAGCUCGGAAGACCCCGAUACGACCAGGGUUCAUUCCUCGGUCGUCUGAGACACUUUGUAGACAUCAUUGAUCCCAGUACGCUGUUUGUGUCCGAGAAACAGUUGAAAGAAUGCAUCAAACUACUUGAUGACUAUAAACAUGGCACGCUUCCACCUGGAGUGUCCGAUCGUCAGCUGUGGGAAGCCCAGAAGAUCAAGCAGGCCAUCAUUCAUCCUGACACGGGAGAGAAGAUCUUCAUGCCAUUUCGAAUGUCAGGUUAUGUACCAUUUGGAACACCCAUUGUCAUUGGCCUUCUUCUCCCAAAUCAGACUGUGGUGUCUACCAUUAUAUGGCAGUGGCUGAACCAGAGUCACAAUGCAUGUGUGAACUAUGCCAACCGCAACGCCACAAAGCCUACGCCAACAUCCAAGUUUCUUCAAGGCUAUGCAGGAGCUGUGACCAGUGCUGUUUCUCUUGCAGUGGGACUAAAUGUGCUGAUUCAGAAGGCCAACAAGCUGAGCCCUGCCACCAGAAUGAUAAUACAGAGAUUUGUCCCCUUCCCAGCUGUAGCUAGUGCAAACAUCUGUAAUGUGGGCCUGAUGAGACACAAUGAGCUAUCUGAAGGUAUUGAUGUGCUGGACAACAAUGGGAAUGUGGUGGGAUCCUCCAAAAUUGCCGCAAGACAUGCGAUCAUGGAGACUGCCUUCACACGUGUGGUUCUCCCGAUGCCAAUCUUUGUUCUGCCCCCCAUCAUCAUGUCCUACCUAGAGAGGCUGCGAUUUCUGCAGAGCCACCGCAGGUUGUUGCUGCCCAUCCACAGCUUUGUGUGCCUGGUUACCUUCGGCCUCUCCCUGCCUGUGGCCAUCAGCCUGUUCCCCCAGAUGUCUCAGAUUGAGGUGUCUUGCCUAGAGCCGGAGAUUGCCAUGGCAACAGAUUGCAAGGUGGUGACCUACAACAAGGGUUUAUGAUGGAUGGCAUGGUGUGGGAAAGGAGAGGAGAGGACAGGGAGCCAGGAUGGAAAUGAGGCUGCAUUGUAAAUAGCUGUCAGGGAGAACCUACAGGAGGGUUCCUCCAUCAUAGCAGAGCCUGUAGCUUGUCAUGUGCUAACCCAGGGUUUCUAUUAUUGAGUCACGGUUUCUUCUGAGUUUGAAAAUGGGACACGUUUUUUUCUGUUUUCAAGACCAAGGAAGAAACUCUGUAUAUAGUAAUGAUAUAUUUGCUGUGAGUUUUGUAGCAUUAAUAGAAUUAUUUUAAUAUAUACAAUACAGUGUUUCCCACACAUAGGCAAUAAUUUGGUGCCCACUCAAGUAUAGUGGGCUGCAUUUUCACCUUUUGAUACGGCAAACUUGUUAGCAAACAGUUGUUUACUUACACAUCCAGCAGAUACUGAGCAGCAUGACAUUCAUUGUGUUUUUGGCCACCUGGCAAAAGUGAAUCCAAUAUUCACAUGGUUUUGAGCAGGUAGUGCAAAGAUAAUUCUCUCUGGGUUCGUCUCUACGAGUGACUCUUUUCACAUACAAGUAGUCAUGUGAUCCAUUGGUAACAUAAAAAUAUUGAUUAUAGUUGCUUUCAUGCUAUCCAAAAGGCUUCGCAUCACCAGACCUUUCAACAUCAAAUAAAAUCCUCUUUUGUCAACUCAACCAGAAGGUCAACACGUAGACAAUUGAAAUGAACAGCUGUACAGCUGAUAGUCAUGCAAGUGAAGGGUGGCUGUAUUGUCAACAGCCACUCACAACCCCUCAGAUAAAUGUUGUGACCCCUUGUGGGGAGGGGGUCCCGAACCCCAGAUUGGGAACUAUUAUCCUAAAUCUACAAUUCUGCAUCCCUUUCUGAGUUCGAUUCAGAGGCAUGUUGAUCCGGUAACAAUAUGCAAGCCAACAGUAAUUUCCCUACAUAAACACAUAUAAUACAUACAUAGCUGACAAGCAUCUCUUAACUUUGGUUAUUAAUAGGGCUGGGUAUCGUUAAAUUUAAAAAAAAAAUGCAGGUAUUGUUUGACUGGAGAAGUUUCAAUUCUACUUGGUAGUGGGUUAUUUCGGUCGAUACAUUAAAGGUAUCGCGUACCAAUACCCAGCCCUAGUUAUUAAAGAGUGUUGGCCAAGCUAUGUACUGAGAAGUGCAUUUGGAGACCCUGUCCCUAAAUUAUCUUUGCACUGCAAUUUCUUGUUACUUAUCAGUUGUCAAAAUACGCUGAUACUGAUAUAUCUGCAAUAAGCUACUAUCGGCUGAUUUAUUGGCACAGUCGAUUUAUUGGUCAGGCUCUCAUCUGUUGUAUUGUGAUGAAGCAAAAGCAAUGUUGAGUGAAAGCUUCCUCCAAAGUAUAUUUUUAACCUGUGGGAAACACUGCAAUAGAAAUCAAAAUGUAAGUCUUAGAAAUCUCCCGGGAAACUCUGCACAGGCUGCAGUGCUGAUAUUUACUGUAUAAUGAGCAAAAUGCUGAUGAGGGAGUAACAGAGAAUCACUAUGGAACAAUAUUGCUAAUGUGCAGCCACUCUGUCAGUGGCUGUACUGCACUGUGGAGACAGUGCUGUAGAUGUACGUUAGUUUACACACAGUUUAAACUGGUAAAUGUCAGUUUAUCAUGUCAGGUAUUUUUACCCCAAUAAUGUAGAACAACAUACAGAAUUCUACUGUCUUAACAUUUCUUUUCUAGUUGCAAACCCCGUAUACUAACUUUCCUUCCUAACUUGUAGAAAGGACGUUUUACUCCACUACUGACUUUUUCUUAAACCACUAUUGUAUUCCUAAUGAAUUACUUCUUUUGUACAAUAUAAAAGUAUAACCUAUAUAUUAUACUACUGAUUAUUAACUAGUAUUUUUAAUUCUUUGUAUAAUACUUCUGCUACAAGUUUAUUAAAUGUUUGCUAGUCAAACAAUGUAAAACAUUUAUCUAUAUAAUAAACUCUCUUUCUCUGUUUACGUUCCUCUGUGAAGACUUUAUUUCCAUUUUGACACGUCAGUGUAUGUAAGCUGCACACUUCAGCUGUUUAGUGUUGCUAGAAGAUGGUUUUCUUCUGCAUUGGGGUUUUUUACAAGGACCAUCGUGGUUUUACUGUUUGUAUCAUUUACAGUUUUUAUUUGCCUUUUAAAAUGGAACUAAUUAUUACUAGUAAGUUGCAUUACCUUUAUUGAUAUUCAAUCUAUUUCUUUACUGCUGGAAAAAUGUGUUUUUCAGAUCUGGAAUGAUUAGUCGAUGAAUCAUUUAGCCACUUGACAGAAAAUGAGAAAAUCUGCAACUAUUUUGAUAAUUGAUAAAUCUUUUAAGUACCCUAGUUAUUCACCUUGGAGUAAUGUCCUCUUGGGUUUCAGACAGUUGUAAUGGAUAUUUUCACUAUAUUCUACAAUGUUAUUAAAUAAACAAUGAAUCUUUUAAUCAAGAAAAUACUCAACAGAUUAAUCAAUAAUAAAAAUAAUUGUUUCUUGCA